AAAAAAAAAAAAAAAAAGGAAAGAAAAUACAAUAGAAAAGAUAGUUUGCUGCAGUUCACUCUUUCCAUCACCACCUCAGACCGCUAAUCGAAGUUCAUUGCCUGAGUAAGUCUUCCCUUUUGAUUAUUUCCCCUUCUGUUUGUGAAUUUCAUUCAAAAUAUCGGUGUUUUUGUACUGAUUCCACUAUGCAUGCAGUUCUUAUUCGCCCGUUGUUUUGUUGUUAAAAUUUUGUUAUACGCUGCAACAUUUUUUUUUUUUCUGGUUGUUUCUUUUUCUCAUUUAUUGUUUUUCGUUUGGCGAUUUCUUGGAUUUUUAGCCUAGGAUUACUGUUUCGGUCGUCAUGGAUUGUUGGCUAUCACUCUUCUGUUCAGGACUUUCAUGUUUUAACUAAGUCUGUUUUGGAUAAAUUGACUAUGGCCAACAGCGGAGAAGGGAUCGGAAAGAGUUCAGGAAACUCCCGGGUCAGCCUCAAUGAACGAAUUCUCUCCUCCAUGUCGCGAAAAACGGUUGCUGCUCACCCCUGGCAUGACUUGGAGAUUGGCCCCGGGGCACCCUCAACUUUCAAUUGUGUGGUUGAAAUUGGAAAAGGUAGCAAAGUGAAGUAUGAGCUGGACAAGGAUAGUGGACUUAUCAAAGUUGAUCGGAUUCUAUACUCAUCCGUUGUCUACCCGCAUAACUAUGGUUUCAUCCCUCGUACCAUUUGUGAAGAUGGUGAUCCCAUGGACGUCCUGGUCCUAAUGCAGGAACCCGUUCUUCCUGCAACUUUUUUACGUGCACGAGCUAUUGGUUUGAUGCCCAUGAUUGAUCAGGGUGAAAAAGAUGACAAAAUCAUAGCUGUGUGUGCCGAUGAUCCUGAGUUCCGACACUACAAGGACAUCAAGGAGCUUCCUCCUCACCGCCUUGCUGAAAUUCGCCGUUUUUUUGAAGACUACAAGAAGAAUGAGAACAAGUCAGUUGCCGUUGAAGAUUUUCUGCCUGCUGAUGCAGCUGUUGAUGCCAUCAGUUAUUCCAUGGAUCUUUACGCAUCUUACAUCGUUGAAAGCUUGAGGAGGUAAAGAAUUCAAGCAUGAGGGUGGUGUAGAUAUAUCAAACUGGAAGCUUCUAGGAUUGUAUGACACCUCCCUUUCGAAUGUUAGGAACAUGCCUAAUCUUACCCUAAAUUCUAACAUUGGAGCAUGUAUGGCUUUAAAUGAUACAUUAAAUUCGAAUUCCUAUGUGGCUCUGAUUGCCAUUUGCCAGUGGGAACAUUUAUAAAGUGGUUAUUACCUGGUAGGAUUUGAAUUUGUAUUACCUGUCACUGGUGAAGAUUGAUAAGCAAAUGGUGAACGCCUCUGGGAAUCUAUAUCAUGAACUGAAAGUGAUUUAACAUCGGAGAAGAGUAUUUGGUGCCAGAAACAUCAAAUGCCACUAAUUUGUGCGGGUUAUAUAUUCUAAACGUCAGCUUUACUUAUUAAGAGUUGAAAUAUGUUCCCCAGCCUUGUGAAAUUGAGUUGUUAAAUGAUUAGUGUAAUGAGCGAUUUUAGCUUAAACAUAUGCAUCUCCACUCUCCAGA